AUGCGUCUCGCUGGCGGCAUCGCCCUGGUCCUCGGCCUGGCCAGCGCAUCCUCCUCCAGGCCUCAUCCUCGCUCUUUAGAUUCCCGCGACUUUUUCGCUCUUCACAUUGACGCCACAACCUCCCCCCACCAUGUUGCCCGCUCCCUAGGUGCCCGUUACGAGGGCCAAAUUGGCCAACUGGCAGAUCACCAUACCUUCUCCCUACCACGCGAUCAAAGCGAAGAUUUAAGUACAUUACUGGAAAAUAUAAAGACAAAUCGGAAACUUCGUCGCCGGUCUGGUGAAAAUGUUGGCCGGAGUGCAGAUCCGUUGGACGCCAUCUUAUGGUCCGAGAAGCUUGCGCCGCCGAGGCAACGACUACAGAAGCGUGCACCUCCCUCCACCGAUUUUACCCGUCGAUCGGACGAUUCCCCUGAAAAGAGUGCUCUUGAUAUUCAGAGCGAUAUUGCUUCAACCUUGGGGAUCAAGGAUCCUAUAUUCAAGGACCAGUGGCACCUUUUCAACCCUUUACAACCCGGACAUGAUCUCAACGUUACGGGAGUCUGGCUUGAAGGGAUAACUGGAGAGGGCAUUGUCACAGCUAUUGUCGAUGAUGGACUGGACUUUGAUAGUAAUGAUCUCAAGCCCAACUAUUUUGCUGAGGGAUCUUGGGAUUUCAACGAGCAUGGUCCGGAGCCUCGUCCUCUACUUUCGGACGACCGACACGGCACCCGUUGCUCAGGAGAAAUCGGUGCUGCAAAGAACGAUGCCUGUGGUGUUGGAGUUGCGUAUGGUAGCAAGGUCGCGGGUAUUCGCAUUCUAUCAAAGCCGAUUGACGAUGUGGAUGAGGCGGCUGCUAUUAACUACGAGUUCCAGAAGAAUGACAUCUACUCUUGCUCAUGGGGCCCCAUCGAUGAUGGCGCCACCAUGGAUGCACCGGGUGUUUUGAUCAAGCGAGCAAUGGUCAACGGUGUGCAAAAAGGACGCGGUGGAAAGGGUUCCAUCUUUGUCUUCGCUGCCGGCAAUGGUGCACAAUUUGGUGACAACUGCAACUUCGACGGGUAUACCAACAGUAUUUACAGUGUCACGGUGGGAGCCAUCGAUCGGCAAGGAGGUCAUCCCUCAUAUUCGGAAUCUUGCUCGGCCCAGCUGGUAGUUGCAUAUAGUAGUGGAGCUGGCGAUGCGAUUCACACCACAGACGUCGGCCAUGACUCUUGCUAUUCGAACCACGGUGGUACCUCCGCGGCUGGUCCGCUCGCUGCAGGCAGCAUCGCCCUUGCACUGAGUGCUCGACCGGAUCUGACUUGGCGUGAUGUUCAAUACUUGAUGGUAGACACUGCCGUUCCGGUCAGCGAGAAUGAUGGAAGCUGGCAAACCCUUCCAUCCGGCCGGAAAUUCAGCCAUGACUGGGGUUUUGGUAAGGUCGAUACAUACUCGCUGGUCUCAAAGGCUCGUACCUGGGAAUUAGUGAAGCCGCAAGCUUACUUCCAUUCGCCGUGGCUGCGAGUUCACCACAAUAUUCCCCAGGGCUCGCAGGGCUUGCUUAGCCGAUUCACAGUGACGGCUGACCAGCUCAAGGGUGCUAACUUUGAUCGCCUGGAGCAUGUCACCAUUACUAUGAAUAUCGAUCAUGCUCGUCGUGGUGAUCUCAGCGUGGAACUACGUAGUCCCUCUGGCAUCGUUAGCCAUCUGAGUGUUGCUCGCCGUCAUGACAAGGAACCUGUUGGGUAUGUUGAUUGGACUUUCAUGUCCGUUGCUCACUGGGGUGAACCCGCUGUCGGCGAGUGGACGGUGAUCGUUAAAGAUACGGAGGUCAAUGAGUUUAGUGGUGAAUUCGUUGAUUGGAGACUGAACCUUUGGGGUGAGGCUGUCGAUGCAUCCAAGCAGCAUCUUCACCCAUUACCCGAUGAGCAUGAAGAUGACCAUCCCUAUGAGGAGGCUCAUGUGGCUACAACAACCCUACCACCUGGCCCAUCAAAUACCGCCCCGCCCAUCAGCAACCCCGAUGAUCAUCACGAUCGUCCUGUAAAUCAGAAGCCGGGAGAUCCCACAGUUACUCAACCAGCAGACGAGGAGCUCGAGGUGGUGAACAAUGGUACCACUACCGGUGAUGCUGCUGGUCCUAGCAAGACUGAUGCAUCGGAUAAUUAUCUGUCCUCUUAUCUGCCGACAUUUGGCGCCUCCAAGCGCACUCAGAUCUGGAUCUACGCAUCGCUGGGUAUGAUUAUUGUCUUCUUUAUUGGUCUUGGUGUAUUCUUCCAAAUCCAACGUCUGAAACGCCGUCGUACCAACCCUCAAGAUGACUACGAGUUUGAGAUGAUUGAAGACGAAGAUGAGAUGCAACCCAUGGCCGGGUCAGGUGGACGUACCCAGCGCCGUGGCGGUGAAUUGUAUAAUGCAUUUGCUGGCGAAAGUGAUGAAGAAAUCUUCAGCGAUGACGAGGAGAAACCAUAUCGGGAUGGAUUGGCUAAUAUCCCGGAGAAUGAUGAUGAAGAUGCGUCUGCAGGCAGCCACCUUUUGUCUGAGAAGCAUUAG